UGUGCCAUGUGCGGGGCCAGCCUGCUCCUGCUGCUGCGGGUGGAGCGCGGCCCCCAGCGGCACCAGCCCCGUGGCUUCCCCGCCCUUGUCCUCCUCACCGUCCUCCUCUUCCUCUUCUGUGGCCUGCCCUUCGGCAUCUACUGGCUGUCCCGGAACCUGCACUGGCACAUCCCACACUACUUCUACCACUUCAGCUUCCUCUUGGCCGGCAUGCACGGCGCGGCCAAACCCGUCAUCUACUUCUGCCUGGGCAGCACCCGGGGCUGCAGGCUGCGCGAGCCCCUCCGGCUGGUCCUGCAGCGGGCGCUGGGGGAUGAGGCCGAGCUGGGGGCCACAAGGGAGACCUCCCGCAGGGGCCUUAUGGACAUAGCAGCAUAAGCCCUGGGG